AAGCUUCCGCACAUCCACCGUCGGAACUUAACAGUGUGACAUCCAGCGGAAGUAAACACUACAGCCGUUAGCAGCGUUAGCUCUGUGCACGUAACGUUAUUGAAUGAAGUGGAAGACGGUAUUGUAGCGGUGACACAGUUAAUUAUUUAAUCUGUAAUUAAGCGACAAUGUCUUCAGUUGACUGUUUGAGACAGUUUGUCAACGAGCGACUAACUGCUGCUGCUGAAGAAAUAUUUGGAGUUUUUCAAAAAACUAUCGUCGAGUACGAAGAAGAGAUCUAUCGUCAGCGCAAACUGCUGGAUAUCGUUUGGAAACCUGAAAUAAAGUUACACAGGAUAGAUCUCCAACAGCAACAUGUCUGUGAGGAGGAAGAGGAGGAGGUUCUCACUGACCAGCAGCUCUGUAACCAGGAGAGGAGCUCCAGUCUGGACCAAGAGGACCCAGAGCCUCUACAGAUUAAAGAGGAACAGGAGGAGCUCUGCACCAGUCAGGAGGGAGAGGAGGUUGUGAUGAAGGUGGAGGCUGAUACCUUUGUGGUGACUCCUACUGAUGAGGAAAGGGACCAUGUUGGACCAGAACCUGAAAGUGACCACCAUAUUUUCUCUCACAAAUCUCACACAACUAAGAGACAAAAGCAGAAAGGUGGCAAACAUAAAAACUCUACUAGACAUGCAGAGUCAGAACAAAACGAUCAACAACAUGAAAACAGAAGUCAGAGUAACAUUGUCUACAGCCCUAACUCGUCAGGGGCUGACAGUAAUAUUCAUAAACAGUCUUUUAAAUGCAACACUUGUGGAAAGGAUUAUAAGUAUAAGUCAGAUCUUCGGAAACACAUGAGAGUUCACACAGAUGAGAAGCCGUACAUCUGCAAAACUUGCGGGAAAAAUUUUCGUAGAAUUGACUCAUUAACACUGCAUAAGAGAAUUCACACAGGUGAGAGGCCAUAUAUUUGCACAACAUGUGGGAAUGCUUUCACACAGAGAGGUACCUUGAAUCUCCACAUUAGACGCAUCCACUCUGGUGAAAUGCUGCACUUUUGCAAGAUUUGUCGGAAAGGAUUUAGUGAUAUGGCAGCAUUGAAAUCGCAUCAGAGAGUUCACACAGGUGAGAAGCCGUAUAUUUGCACAAUAUGUGGGAAAGCUUUUACACAGAGAGGUACCUUGAAUGUCCACAUUAGACGCGUCCACACUAGUGAAAGGCCGUACCUUUGCAAGAUAUGUGGGAAAAGCUUCAGUAAUAUGACAACGUUGAAAUCGCAUCAGACGAUUCACACAGGUGAGAAGCCGUUUAUUUGCACAACAUGUGGGAGAGCUUUCAGACUCAAUAGUAACUUGACAGUCCACAUUAGACGUGUCCACACUGGUGAAAGGCCGUCCAUUUGCAAAAUCUGUGGGAAAGGAUUCAGUGAUAUUUCAACAUUGAAAUUGCAUGAGAGGAUACACACAGGUGAGAAGCCAUAUAUUUGCACAUGUGGGAAAGCGUUCACAUGGCGAAAUCAAUUGACAGUCCACGUUAGACGCACCCACACUGGAGAGGCCGCACUUUUGAACAAUCUAUCGUAACAGAUCCAUUCUCAUGUCAUUGGAAAAAGCAUCAGAGAGUUCCCAUAGGUCAGAAAACGUACACUUGUACAACAAGUGGGAAAUCUUUGACAUAGAGGAAUACCAUGAAAGUCCACCUUAGAUGCGUCCACACAGGUCAGAGUCCAUAUGUUGCAACAUGUGUGAGAAAACUGCGUCACAUCCAACUUGAAAAAGCACAUGAAAACUGUUAUGGAAUUUUCUAUCCUUAGGCUGCACAUGGUCACGUGUGGGCCUUGAGGUCCACGGCAGUAUUAAUUGUU